GCUUGCAAAGACAGGUCACAUGACCGCUGCCUUGUGCUGCUUUGCUGGGCAUCCCCGGCCUCCUGUCUCGGCGGGCCGGUUUGGCUAUGGCGAAUGUGGCGAAGAUGGUGUCCUGGUCGGGUCGGGAGGGAGAGCCGGACGGCCAAGGGGAGACCACGCCGCUGCUUAACGGCACGGGCGGAGCCGCCGCUGCCGUGCCCCGUCAGCUCACGCCUUCCUCGUCUUCCUUGCGAUUGGGACGCAUGAGCAACGUGGAUCUGGACGAUGACCAGGAACCGGAAAUGGAUGUGCCUCGGGCGCUCCCCAACGAGAUUCCUCACAGUGAGAAGCUCCUCUCUCUGAAGUACGAGAGUUUGGACUAUGACAACUGUGAGAACCAGCUGUUCUUGGAAGAAGAGAAGAGAAACAACCAUACGGCAUUCCGGACAGUAGAGAUUCAGCGCUGGGUCAUCUGUGCCAUGAUUGGGAUCCUCACCGGCCUUGUCGCUUGCUUCAUUGACAUUGUGGUGGAGUUCUUUGCUGGGCUGAAGUACAAAGUGGUGAAGGGCAAUAUUGACAAAUUCACAGAGACAGGUGGUUUAUCCUUCUCUCUGCUGCUCUGGGCCACCCUGAAUGCGAGUAUUGUGAUGGUUGGGUCCAUCAUCGUUGCUUUUGUUGAGCCUGUGGCAGCUGGCAGCGGAAUACCUCAGAUCAAGUGUUACCUCAAUGGAGUCAAGAUCCCGCAUGUGGUCCGGUUGAAGACGCUGGUGGUUAAAGUCUGUGGUGUCAUUUUCUCUGUGGUUGGAGGCCUGGCGGUCGGAAAGGAAGGGCCAAUGAUUCACUCUGGGGCCGUCAUUGCAGCUGGUAUUUCUCAAGGACGAUCAACUUCUUUAAAGAGAGACUUCAAGAUCUUUGAAUACUUCCGGAGAGACACUGAGAAGCGGGAUUUCGUCUCUGCCGGAGCGGCUGCCGGCGUCUCAGCUGCCUUUGGGGCCCCUGUUGGUGGCGUCCUCUUCAGCUUGGAGGAAGGGGCUUCCUUUUGGAACCAGUUCUUGACCUGGAGGAUUUUCUUUGCCUCCAUGAUAUCCACCUUCACCCUGAACUCCAUUCUGAGCUUUUACAAAGGCAACCGGGGGGACCUCUCCAGCCCAGGCCUGAUCAACUUUGGCAGAUUUGAUUCCGAGAACAUGGGAUACACCUUCCAAGAAAUUCCAAUCUUCAUAUUCAUGGGAGUGGUGGGAGCUCAAGGUGGCAUACGCAGUUCUCCCUCUCCUCAUUUAAUCCUCACAAAAACCCUGCGAGGUGGGAUUCUUGGAGCGAUAUUCAACGCCUUGAACUACUGGUUGACGAUGUUCCGAAUCAGGUAUAUCCACCGGCCGUGCCUGCAGGUGAUCGAGGCCAUGCUGGUGGGGGCCGUGACUGCGGCCGUUGCGUUUGUGAUGAUCUACUCCUCUGCAGACUGCCAGCCCCUCCAAGGCAAAAGCAUGGCCUACUCACUCCAGCUCUUCUGUCCUGAUGGCGAAUACAACUCCAUGGCUGCCGCCUUCUUCAACACCCCGGAGAAGAGCGUUGUCCGCCUCUUUCACGAUCCCCCAGGCACCUAUGACCCUAUGACCUUGGGAAUGUUCACCUUGAUGUAUUUCUUCUUGGCUUGCUGGACUUACGGGCUAACGGUGUCUGCGGGCGUCUUCAUCCCCUCCCUGCUAAUCGGGGCCGCCUGGGGACGGCUGUUUGGCAUUUCAAUCUCCUACGUGGGCAGCGGCUAUAUCUGGCCUGACCCAGGGAAGUAUGCUUUGAUGGGAGCCGCAGCACAGCUGGGAGGGAUUGUAAGGAUGACACUCAGCCUGACGGUUAUCAUGAUGGAGGCGACAGGCAAUGUCACAUAUGGGUUCCCGAUCAUGCUGGUGCUGAUGACGGCAAAGAUCGUGGGGGAUUAUUUUGUUGAGGGCCUGUACGACAUGCACAUCCAGCUGCAGAGUGUCCCCUUCCUGAACUGGGAGGCCCCUGUCACCUCACACUCGUUCACUGCCAGAGAAGUGAUGAGCACCCCAGUGACCUGCCUCCGAAGGAUUGAGAAAGUGGGCACCAUUGUGGACACCCUCAGUGACGCAUCCUCCAACCACAACGGGUUCCCCGUCGUGGAGAGCAUCCCAGGCAACUAUCAGAUGGCUGGACUGCGAGGACUGAUCCUGCGCUCCCAGCUGAUCGUUCUCCUGAAGCACAAGGUCUUUGUGGAGCGGGCAAAUCUGUCCCUGGUGCAGCGGCGGUUGAAGCUGAAGGACUUCCGGGAUGCCUAUCCCCGCUUCCCCCCCAUCCAGUCUAUCCAUGUGUCCCAAGAUGAGCGUGAGUGCAUGAUGGACCUGACUGAAUUCAUGAACGCUUCACCUUACACCGUGCCGCAGGAGGCUACGCUGACGAGAGUGUACAAGCUGUUCCGGGCCCUGGGCUUGCGCCACCUGGUGGUGGUGGACAAUCAUAACCAGGUGGUUGGGCUGGUCACCCGGAAGGAUCUGGCCCGAUAUCGGCUGGGGAAGGAAGGCUUGGAGGAGCUACCCCUGGCGCAGACGUGACUUCGCCCCCGGGUGCUGCGGACCUUGCUGUGCAUCAGGAUCUCACCAGCCUCCCAGUGCUGUUGCCCUCGGGAGGCCGUGGAGGGGAAGCUGAACCUCAAAAUGCCCAACCCGUGGCGUCCCAUGCAUAGCUGUGUCCCUGGUCUCCUCCUUGUCUCCUCUCCCUUCAGGACUGUGCUCCUCUCAACACCCUGCGUUUCAGGUUCUCAAUGCGAGACCACAGAGAUGCAGUAGGCCUUGUAGGACUGCUUUGGGGUUCUAGAGAGCUUUGGAAGAGACGUUCCCGUGAUUUGAGAGAAGCAGCUACCUGGUAGCCCCUGUCUCUGUUACAGUCCUGGGCAGGGGUUUCUACGUGGGUCAGUUUCUGACUAGGCUUCCUUCCGGCUCCGUUCUCACCGACCGUGCCUUCCAAGACGCACACACUCCUUGUCAAUCCUGAAAUGUACCUGGUCCCUGGUGUGUAGAAGCUGCCUCAAGCAGUGCUGGGCAGGAAAUCCUAGCUGGCGUCUCCUGGGAACAAGUGGGACUCCCCUUUUGCGUGGGUCAAUGUUGUGUUGUCUUUAAUCCGUGCAUUUAAAUCAGGGCUGGGGAAACGUUGUAGCCCUGCAGGUUGUUGUUGGACUCCAACUCCCAUCAGCCUCAUUCAGCACAGGCAGUCAGGGCUGAUAGGGGUUGUAAGCAGGCAACACCUGGAGAGGGUCUCCUGUUAGUCACCUCUGAGUUUUACACUACCUGGUGCGAGGUAGAAUUGCAUAGAACAGUUUUGUGGCUUUUGCCACUGCUGCAGCAAGAGCCCGUCGCUCCAGCAGUAAAACCUUCCGGCUGUUUCAGCGCUUGACAGCGACCAGCCCCCGUUGCAGUUCUUCUGGUUCAUCUGGUGGAGACCGAGUCUGCACUGAGCUUGGAGGAAACGUUAACGGCGCUCUUUUCCUCUGGAUUCCCAGCCGUGAAGAGCUUGGGCUGCUGGGUUUGUGUAAACCAGGGUUAGGCAAGGUGGCGUCUUCCAGAUGCUGGUGGACUCCAACUCCCAGCAGCCCCAGCAAGCAAGCAUGGCGACUGUCAGGGCUGAUGGGAGUUGGAGUUCAGCGGCAUCUGGAGGGCAUCGCCAUGGCUGCUGCUGGUGGAAAGCUCCUCGUUCUGGCUAAGACCCUCUUCCUUUCCUGCCCUCCUUCACCUGCCACUCCCAGGCAGAGGACUUCCCGAAGGUUCAAAGAACCCCUAUGAAGUCGUGCCCCUUACAAACGGCAGCCUGCCCUUUCCUGUUUUCCUUUGCUAGGAGGAAGGCCCUUUUCCCUUGCAAGUCCCCAAGCAGCCUGAAGGAACACCCUCCUGGCAAGAUUAGCAGGUGAGCUGGGUCAGGAUGUUUGGACAAGAAGAAGCUGGAGCAAGCAGAUGAGCCAAGCUGAAGCAGCCGGUUCCACCCCUAGGAUCGGGGCCUCCCUCCUUCUGUCUCUGGGCACUGACAUCUGGGCACUGUCUUGCCCCAGACCCUCGGUGGGUGGAAGGAAAGAAAUCCAGAGAGGCUUAAGCAAAGGGCACAUGGGCCUCCCUAACCUUAUAGUCUUAGCAUGAGUGUCUGCAACCAGCGGGCUAAAUUUUGUGGCUCAUCCUUGUGUCCUGGGCCCUGGGUUUUGGGAUUUCCCAUGGCUGCCAAACACCUGGCUCCUUUUGCUGUUUUCUCUCACAUUGAGCACCUGCAUUUGGGGGAAGAGUUCUCUUUUUGUGUAUGUGUGUGCUGAAAUUUUAAAAAACAAAACACUAUUUAUACUUUUCC